AUGUUGUUGCUACUCACGAGGAGAGUGCCAACGUCUUACCCAGUUCUCGCGCUCAUAGCGACGAACCUGGUGAUUUCAAUGCCCGCACCGCCUUUCAAACGCUCGCCUGAAGAUCCCCCUAGUGGAUUUUCCAGCGUACCAAAAAUUCUCGAGAUUCAGCUACCCUUGAAAAUUGCGACGAAGGACGAUUUGGUCGCCUGGGCGAAGUACGUCAUGGGUUUGAUGGCGUCUAGGAUAAACAUCACGUUGACCACUGUGAAAGAAUCGCCGUCGAAGAACACCGGAAGUGCGAGGCCUCCAGAUACCGUAAGACAGUCGCAGAACUCUAGGAAUCCUUCGUUCAAGCAUUUCGACGGGGUCAAAACGAGCAACGGCGUCCAACAAUUCGCAAACUCGAAGACUCCUGAGAAUGUCAGAUACGCGGAAAAUGUAAGAAAUCUUGGUCAAACGGUGAACUACGAUCAGGGAAAAAUUCCUGCUAACGUCAGACCUCUGCAGAGCGGUAGAUUCCCUGAACAUAUACGAAACGCCCUGAACAGUGGAAAUCUUCAAGCUUCCAAGAAUACUCAUCUGCCAUCGUUCACCAUCACUGGUGUGACCACGAAGAAUUUCUUCAACAAUCGACAGCUGCAGCCGACUUUUGGGAACAUUGCGAUAUCAGACACAACUCUUCCAAGUCCUCUGGACAUCACGAGGCAUAUCAACAUUCAAAAAUCAGGGAUCAAGGAGCCUAUUUUCAAAGGGACCUUCGAUACGACGAACUCGUUGAAACCUGGAGAGCAACAGCUGUUCGUGCCUCAAUUUCCAGACUUUGGACCAGCUAUAGAGGUGAAGAUCAACGACAUUUUCAGAAAUACGAACGCAGUUUCGCCUCCUACGAGGACCUACCUGCCGGUCACGACAACGACCGACAGCAUCAAAUUCCCAACCGAUCCGUUUGCCACUAGAUACUUCUUCGACGGCGUGGAGAGGAACGUGUCCAACAAUCUAGGCGUUUUUUCUUCAGACGUCACUUUCACGACUCACAGUCCUCUCGCGUUCAACGACGAGAUUCCGUUGCCGGUGAAGAGCAUCGAUCUUUCGCCACAGCAAAGAAAUUUGACGCUGACAACUCCGAUACAGCCGUUGUACAAGCUACCGUUCGAGGCUGUGAUCACGUUUACACGCGAGGAGCCGUUCGAAACGACAACCCUGAACAACGACAGAGGACAAUUGUUCACCGUGGUACCAACCAGAGGUCCUCUCGAGCAAUUUCCGCCGUACUUCGACCGGAAUUACACCUUGACGAAAGAGUCUGGACAGGUGAACGUGGUGUUCGACGAUGGAACGCAGGUAACGCAAUCGUUGAACAACACGAGAGAGGAGAGGAAGAAGCAAGGGAAACAGAAAGACAGCUCGAAGAGGCAACAAUCGAAGAAACAGAAAUCUAGCAAAGGACAAACGUCACCUAUCGGCCAGUUGUUGAAGACGUUCGUCGCGUUGAGGAGGAACAACACGAAACCAGCUGAGGACCUUUCACCGCCACCGUUGAACCAGGAGGCGCCGCUUUUCACGACGCAGGGAGUACCGACGCGUCAAAGGUUGCCGCAGAGGACGCAGCUCUACCCCACUGACAGGCCGCCGUCUAUCAGACAAGGAAAACGUAAUCGGACAUCUCUGGCGCAAGAACUCGAGGACGACGAAGACAGCGGAAGCAGGGAGUCCACUAGCAACGAAGACACCGGAAGCAACGAGAGCAACGGAAACAACAACGAAAGCGGCAACGUCGAAUCUGGCGAAGGAUCAAAAGGCUCCGCCGAGAGUGCUUCCAGCGAGAGCGACUACGACGACGAUUCAGAAGAGGAAGGAGGUUCUGUCAAAGCCCUCAUCGAUUUGCUUCAACUAGCUGCACCCAUUCUAGAAGAUCUCAGCGACCCUGACUCCGACGCAGACAUCAGUGAUGUCCUUCAAGCAGCUCUUCCCAUUAUUCAAGAGCUCUCAGAGGCAGACGGAGAAGGAUUCGAUAUUCCAGCGAUACUGGUGCCGAUUCUGCUACAAUUUAGCGAAGGUCGAGAUGGAAUGAGAGACUCUGCUGCGAUUUUGACGCCUGUUCUUCAAUUAAUCGCGCCGUUGAUCGGACCCCUGGUUGGUCCACUGGUUGUACCACUGAGUCGUCAAAGUAGCCAGCCUCCAGGACAGGGUGGAUCGUCGGUCGGCGAUUUGGUCAAAGGCUUGCUAGGUCCCUUACUCGAGCCCGCUGGACCCGGAAAGAUGUCUCCGCUCUCGAACCUGCUCGCCGGAGUUAUCUCUAGUCUUAGCAAAAAUUCAGGGAAAGGAGGAAAGUCGGACAUAAUGAGCCUCGUGAAAGCUAUAGUCGCGGGAUCGGUAGCAGGCACCAGUGCUGGUUCCAGUGGAACCACCAAGGAUAGUUACGGAGCACCUACGAGCUACGGUGCAGAAUAUUCCCCCUCUACUACCUACGGUCGUCCUAACACGCCACCGACGAACCCAAACCCGCUUCUCAUGCUUGGCUCUUCGAUCAAAGACAUUCUUAACGCGGUAGUAAAGGUGGUGUCUUCGUUAGUUAACGCCAUCACCAGUAUUCUGGGCGCAUCGUCGAAUAGUUCCAAUGAACCUCAACGACCGUCUUAUGGUCCACCACCUCCUCCCUAUGCCAACCGAAAACCCUAUAGAAUGCCACCUGACGAACCUAUUAGCAUAACUACUCGCGAGCCUCCACGACUGACGAGAUUCUAG